GGCUCAGGCUGGGCAUAAAGGAGGCUCCAGGGGGAUAAGGGGGAGAAAGACUUGAGGACCAUGGAGAACCGGAGGGAUGGCUCUUUUCUGGGGUGGUGGUCGCUGGUGCUGCUGCUGCUGGGCCUGGUGAUGCCUCUGGCCACUGCCCAGGCCCUCAGCUACAAGGAGGCCGUGCUUCGUGCAGUUGAUGAUUUCAACCAGCGCUCCUCAGAGGCCAACCUCUACCGCCUCCUGGACCUGGACCAGCAGCCCAAGGGGGAUGAUGACCCAGACAUCCCAAAGCCUGUGAACUUCUUGGUGAAGGAGACAGUGUGCUCCAGAACAACACAGCAGCCACCAGAGCAGUGUGACUUCAAGGAGGAUGGGCUGGUGAAGCGGUGUGUGGGCACAGUCACCCUGGACCAGGUCAGGAGUUCCUUUGAUAUCACCUGUGAUGAGCUCCAGAAUACCAUGAAAGCUACCCGGCUGGGUGGGUUCCUCCGGAGAGGUGCGGAGAAGUUUGGCAGAAAACUUGAGAAUAUUGGCCGGGCAAUCAAGGAAUUUUUCCAGAAUCUUGCACCCAGGACGGAGUCUUAGGGUCUGCCCUACCACUGACUUAGUCUUCCAGACUCUGAAAAAAUAAACUCUGUGAA